AUGGACAGGCCUAGCAACGGCGGCCGCUUGCGAAUUACCGAGCUGCCUGUAGAGAUUUUGAGAAUUAUUUUGUCUCACUCAGCCGAUAUUGGCAGUCUGGAUUCGACAGUCCACUCCUGCGGCACCUUGUUUCAUGCGUUUUACGCCUUCCCAGCGCCCAUCGUCACAGCGAUUGUCCAGCGAGAGAUCGGGAAGGACUUGCUAUUCGAAGCUGCGCGUCUCACAAGAGUCUUAGAUCUUUUGCGGUCUCAGGAUGGCGUGGUGGUGGCCAACGUCUCAUUCGCCGAGUUCCUACGUCGGGACCAAGAAACACCGCAUCAUUUCCGCUGGACUCUGCAUGGGGCCUACUCUGCAAUCCCACUGCACGAGAUCGUGGAGUCUUUAUCAUUGAGGAUCGUAUCAGAGAUAUUCGCACGUAUUCAAUCCAUCCAUCCCCACGUGGAGAUAAAGCCCGCCUCCAGCACAGAGCUCCUCCGCAUUCAGCGGGCGCUGUAUCGAUUUGAGACCUAUCGAAUCUUGUUUCCUCAGCAUCAGGAUCUUGAACACGAUUACCCAGACUAUGUGGACGAUCUAGAUGGUGGGAUGAAGGCGCAAAUGCAGUUCCUUGCUGGCAGCGCUCCAUGGGAGAAUGAAUAG